AUGAAAGAGGCGGCUCCAUGGUGGCGGCGGAGUAAAGGCUAUGGCCCGUCGGAGACAGCCACGGCUUGGACCUUCGGCGUCCUUGGAUGGCCGAACUACAAGCCCUUCAAGACCGGCGAUGUUCUCUGGUUCAAGUACCCGCGCGGCGUGCACAACGUUGUGCAGGUGCACGAGCCAUGGCAGUACAGCACCUGCGACCUCCCCGACAAUGCCACCAUCUGGACCUCCGGUGAUAACCGUAUCACCAUUCCCCGCGGCAGCAUGUCCUUCAUCUGCGGGAUCCGGGACCACUGCAAGAAUGGCUUGAAGAUCGCUGUCACUGCGAGCUAG